UUCGGGAGAAGUUAUGUUAUGUACUGACAACAUUUCCCCGAACUGGUUUUGCCAUCUGCAUUUCCGCCGAUUUCCGCAGUGGCGCUGUUGCAUGACGUCAUUUUCGCGGGAAAAGUGGGCGUUUCAAGUUGAUAAAAACAACUUGACAAGAUGGCGGCGCGCAGGACAGACUUGCUUCCGUGUCCCAUCUGUGGGAAGACCUACAGCACGGCAACGAUCAAUUCACACGUCGAUCGCUGUCUAAAGGAGGGUGAGGAGAGUCAGGGUCAUCCAGAGCCAGGAAUGAAACGUCCAGGAGAUGAGAAGGUCCCGCCAGCCAAACGAUCAAAACAGGAAUCAAGCACAGGCAGCAGGGGAGGGCAGGCUUGUCUGGGAAGUCCAACCGCCAAGCCUCCCGCUAAAGGAAGGGUUUUCUCCUCACCGGUGUCAGCUCAGACGUCAACGUUCUUCCAGAAAAGAGGAGCAACAACGUCAUCAGAAAACUCAGUACAGAAUGGCGACAAGUCCAAGGCGACUAAGGAAGAUUUCCGGCCCUUGGCAGAGCGCGUUCGCCCCGCCAGUCUGGACCAGUACGUCGGUCAGACCAAGGCCCUGGGCGCCGGCUCCAUGCUCCGUCUGCUGGUGGAGGCACAUGACAUCCCCUCUAUGGUACUGUGGGGGCCACCGGGAUGUGGCAAGACAACAAUGGCUCGCAUCAUUGCAAAGAAUGCCAAGCAGCGUCAGAACAGCAGAUUUGUGUCGCUAUCGGCAACCAUGUCAGGGGUGGACGAAGUCCGAGAUGUCAUCAAGGUGGCGAAGAACGAGCAGACAAUGUUCAGGAGAAAAACCAUCCUGUUUAUUGAUGAGAUCCACAGGUUUAACAAGAAACAACAGGACACAUUUCUGCCACACGUGGAGAGUGGAGCCAUUGUUUUAAUAGGAGCCACCACAGAAAACCCCUCCUUCUCCCUGAACUCUGCCCUGCUGAGUCGCUGCAGGGUUAUUGUGCUGGAGAAGCUAGAAGUCGAGGAUGUGGAGUUGAUACUAAGGAGGGCUGCCAGGACCAUAGGAGUGUGUGUCUCUGGAGAAGAAUCUGAAGUGGACUCUGACAAGGAAGCAGAGGAACCAAGAACAGGACCUCCUGUCACGAUUCAGAAGGAAGCCAUCACGACUCUAGCCCACCUGUGUGACGGGGAUGCCAGAACUGCACUGAAUGGUCUCCAGACGGCUGUCCGGUCCCAGACAGCCACCCACAGUAACCAUGGUGAUACCCAGCCUGUGGUGGUAACGGUGGAACAUGUGAAGGAGGGACUUCAGAGGUCACAUGUCCUGUAUGAUAGAGCAGGUGAGGAGCAUUACAACAUCAUCUCUGCCAUGCACAAGUCCAUCCGUGGGUCUGAUGCCAAUGCUGCCCUGUACUGGUUGGCCCGUAUGCUGGCUGGAGGGGAAGAUGUACUUUAUAAUUCACUACACUUAAUUUCAGGGCUAGCAGACCCAUCUGCCCUGGUACAGGCAGUGGCUACCUACCAAGCCUGCCAUUCUAUUGGCAUGCCAGAGUGUGAGGUCAUCCUAGCCCAGUGUGUUGUGUACCUUGCCAGAGCCUCCAAGUCUGUAGAGGUGUACGUUGCUUACACCAAUGCCAAACAGUGUGUGGAGAGACAUCAAGGACCUUUACCAGGUGUCCCCCUGCACCUGCGGAAUGCUCCCACCCGCCUGAUGAAGGACCUGGGUUAUGGGAAGGGGUACAAGUACAACCCCUCCUACUCUGGACCAGUGGACCAGGACUACCUUCCACAGGAACUACUGGGGACAGACUUCUUCACAUACCAGGGGGCAGAUGCAAGCUACAUGUAGAACCUGCAACUUAACGUACAUGUCAAACCUACAUGUGUUGCAUAUGAUAUAGAACCUACAAGUUAUAUUGUAGGACCUACAAGUUCUAUCAUCCGUGAUGUUUGCAUUCAACAUAAUCUGCAAUAUCUUCAAAAUCGUAAAUCAUAAUCUUCUGGAUGAAAGAUAAAUCUUACUGUAAUAGAACAAAAAUUAUAUUCAAACUUAAGGACCUAGUGCUACAAGUUCUGUCGUUGAACAAAAAUUAUAUUGAAACUUAUGGACCUAGUGAUACAAGUUCUGUCAUCUGUGAUGUUUGCAUUGAACAUAAUCUGUAAUAUCUGUAUAAUCAUAAUCAUAAUCUUCUGGAUGAAAGAUAAAUCCUACUACAAUAGAACAAAAAUUAUGUUAAAACUUAAGGACCUAAUGCUACAUGAUGUUUUGAAAUGUAAGUAGACUUCAUUACAAAGAUGUUGGCCUUACAGCUACAUUGUACAAGGCAAUUCUAUUAUGGCCAUUGAUAGGCUUGACCAAGAGUAACACGCUCCCAACAGAACACUAGUAUCAGCUGAUGACAUAGAAUAAAGUUU